UUCGUAUUCACCUUGCUUGCUUGCUUCUUCAUGUGUCUGUGUGUGUAUAUAUAUAUAUAUAAACAAACACAAACACAAACACCAACACUCCAAACCCUAACAAACUCAUCAUGAGUCUCUUUGGUCUCGGAGGCAGAAACCAAAAGACGUUUCGGCCAAAAAAGAGCGCCCCAUCAGGAAGUAAGGGUGCACAGCUUAAAAAGCACAUUGAUGCAACUUUGGGUAGUGGAAAUUUGAGGGAAGCCGUUCGCCUACCCCCUGGAGAAGAUCUUAACGAAUGGCUAGCAAUUAAUGCUGUUGAUUUCUUUAAUCAAGUGAACAUUCUUUAUGGCACUCUUACUGAGUUCUGCACACCGUCAACAUGCCCAACAAUGACAGCCGGAACAAAAUACGAGUACAGGUGGGCUGAUGGAGUGACUAUCAAGAAACCGAUAGAAGUAUCGGCUCCUAAAUACGUCGAGUAUCUGAUGGAGUGGAUUGAAACUCAACUUGAUAACGAAUCAAUAUUUCCUCAAAAACUGGGUGCGCCAUUUCCUCCAAAUUUCCAGGAUGUGGUGAAGACGAUAUUCAAGAGGCUGUUUCGGGUAUAUGCUCACAUAUAUCAUUCACAUUUUCAAAUGAUUAUGAGUUUGAAAGAAGAAGCUCAUCUCAAUACUUGCUUUAAGCAUUUUGUCCUCUUCACAUGGGAAUUCCAGUUGAUUGAUCAGGGGGAGCUUGCACCUCUAUAUGAGCUUGUUGAAUCCAUCCUCAAGUUGUAGUUCAUCUUUCUUUUUAAUUUUUUGUAAUCUUGUUGGAAAUGUUCUAAGCAGCUUUUGUCAUAGAUUAUUCAUUCAUUUUAGUCUCUCUGUUUUUAUAUUUGAAAGUGACAACAUAAUAAAAUUAUUUUUUUAGUU